UUUGCCCUCACGCCGCUUCUGUGCGUCUACUUUAAGGACGCUGGUGUGUGUUGGAGCGGCGCCGCUGGCUGGGGCUUCGAACGGUGCGAUGAUAAUAGACGCAUAUGCGGUAGACAACACACCUUUCACUCAGCGAAACACCCACGAAACAGCUUCCGGACGCUCCUCGGCGCACCUUUAACCACUUGGAGCGAAGUGCCAGCAGUACCAUGUCCAGGCCAAUAGGGGCCGGCAUCAACGAUGUCACCCGCUUCCUCACGUCGGGGGUGGGGCCCACCUCCCCCGGCACCAACGCUCCCAUGUUCUCCGCCUCCAGCCAGGCGGACUGGGCGGCCAAGCGGCUGGUGUGGGUGCCCUCGGAGAAGCACGGCUUUGAGUCGGCCAGCAUCAAGGAGGAGCGCGGGGACGAGGUGGAGGUGGAGCUGACGGAGACACAGAAGCUGCUGCACCUCUCCAGGGAGGAGAUCCAGCGCAUGAACCCACCACGCUUCAGCAAGGUGGAGGACAUGGCCGACCUCACCUGCCUCAACGAGGCGUCCGUGCUGCACAACCUGCGGGAGAGAUACUACUCCGGCUUGAUCUACACCUACUCCGGCCUCUUCUGCGUGGUGGUGAACCCUUACAAGAACCUGCCCAUCUACACCGAGUCCAUCGUGGAGAUGUACCGAGGGAAAAAGCGCCACGAGAUGCCGCCGCACAUUUACGCCAUAUCGGAGGCGGCGUACCGCAGCAUGCUUCAAGACCGAGAGGAUCAAUCCAUCCUCUGCACGGGCGAGUCUGGUGCGGGGAAAACAGAAAACACCAAGAAAGUCAUUCAGUAUUUGGCUCAUGUGGCCUCCUCUCACAAGAGUGGACCUCUGGGGAGGACUAAAGAACCUUUGCCGAUGGAUGCUAGUCACUCCCUGGUUCAGAUGGAUGCUAGUCACUCCCUGGUUGCUAGUCACUCCCUGGUUGCUAGUCACUCCCUGACCAGAGGCAGCACUCUGGCCUACAGGGGAGAGCUGGAGAGACAGCUCCUGCAAGCCAACCCCAUACUGGAGGCGUUCGGCAACGCUAAAACGGUGAAGAAUGACAACUCCUCCAGAUUUGGUAAAUUCAUCCGCAUCAACUUUGACGUGGCGGGGUACAUCGUGGGCGCCAACAUCGAGACCUACCUCCUGGAGAAGUCCCGGGCCACCCGUCAGGCCAAGGAGGAGCGGACCUUCCACAUCUUCUACCAGAUGUUGCACGGCUCCUCUGAGGAGACUAAAAAGGACCUGCUGUUAGGCACCGCAGACCAGUACCGCUUUCUCAGCGGGGGUUCCAUCAAUGUCCCCGGUCAGAGUGACUCUGAGAACUUCACCCAGACCAUGGACUCCAUGGGCAUCAUGGGCUUCAACCCGGAAGAGUUGAUGUCCAUGCUGAAGGUCAUCUCCGCCGUGCUGCAGUUUGGGAACAUCUCCUUCUCCAAGGAGAAGAACCACGACCAGGCGUCCAUGCCCGAUAACACGGCGGCCCAGAAGCUCUGCCAUCUGCUGGGCAUCAACGUGCUGGAGUUCACCCGGGCCAUCCUCACCCCCAGGAUCAAAGUGGGUCGGGAGUAUGUGCAGAAGGCCCAGACCAAGGAACAGGCGGACUUUGCCGUGCAGGCCUUGGCCAAGGCCACCUACGAGCGGCUGUUCAGGUGGUUGGUGUACCGCAUCAACCGAGCUCUGGACCGCAGACAACGGCAGGGAGCCUCCUUCAUCGGCAUCCUCGACAUCGCCGGCUUCGAGAUCUUUCAGCUGAACUCCUUCGAGCAGCUGUGCAUCAACUACACCAACGAGAAGCUGCAGCAGCUCUUCAACCACACCAUGUUCAUCUUGGAGCAGGAGGAGUACCAGCGCGAGGGCAUCGAGUGGAACUUCAUCGACUUUGGCCUGGACCUGCAGCCCUGCAUAGACCUCAUUGAAAAACCAACCCACCCGCCCGGGGUCCUGGCCCUGCUGGAUGAGGAGUGCUGGUUCCCCCGAGCCACCGACCGCUCCUUCGUGGACAAGGUGAGCGGCGAGCAGGGCGGCCAUCCCAAGUUCUUCAAGUCCAAGCAACCUCGCGGGGAAGCAGACUUCUCCAUCAUCCACUACGCCGGCAAGGUGGACUACAAGGCCAAUGACUGGCUGGUGAAGAACAUGGACCCUCUGAAUGACAACGUUGCUUCUCUCCUCCAUCAAUCAUCCGACCAUUUUGUUUCUGAGCUGUGGAAAGAAGAUAUACAAACUCUCCCUCGUGUUUACUUCUUUGACUCCUAUAGCACACUGCAGGAGAAUGGCUCGGACAUGGACCGCAUCAUCGGCAUGGAGCAGAUGGGUGCGGGGGAGAGCAGUGGUCCGGUCACCUUCGGAGCAGGGGGGCUGAAGACCAAGAAGGGAAUGUUCCGGACCGUGGGCCAGCUCUAUAAGGAGUCCCUGGCCAAGCUCAUGGCCACGCUGAGGAACACCAAUCCUAACUUCCUGCGCUGCAUCAUCCCCAACCACGAGAAGAGGGCCGGCAAGCUGGCACCUCACCUGGUUCUGGACCAGCUCAGGUGCAACGGGGUCCUGGAAGGGAUCCGCAUCUGUCGACAAGGCUUCCCCAACCGCAUCCCCUUCCAGGAGUUCCGACAGAGAUACGAGAUUUUGACUCCCAACGCCAUUCCUCGCACCUUCAUGGACGGCAAACAGGCUUCGGAGCUCAUGAUCAAAGCCUUGGAGCUGGAUCCCAACCUGUUCCGCGUGGGCCAGAGCAAGGUGUUCUUCAGGGCUGGCGUCCUGGCUCACCUGGAGGAGGAGCGAGACCUGAAGAUCACCGACACCAUCAUACGCUUCCAGAGUGCAGCCAGAGGAUACCUGGCACGCAAGGCCUUCACGAAGAAGCAGCAGCAGCUGGGAGCUCUGAGGGUGAUGCAGAGGAACUGUGCUGCAUACCUCAAACUCAGGAACUGGCAGUGGUGGAGACUCUUCACUAAGGUGAAGCCACUCCUGCAGGUGACUCGUCAGGAUGAGGAGAUCCAGGUGAGAGAGUCUGAGCUGCUGAAGGCCAAGGACAAACUGACCCGGGUGGAGCAGGACUUUGUGGACCUGGACAAGAAACACAUCCAGCUGAUGGAGGAGAAGGCGGUGCUGGCCGACCAGCUGCAGGCGGAGGCGGAGCUGUUUGCCGAGGCGGAGGAGAUGAGGUCCAGGCUGGCCAGCCGCAAACAGGAGCUGGAGGACGUGCUGACGGAGAUGGAGAGUCGGCUGGAGGAGGAGGAGGAGCGAGGAACGCAGCUGACUAACGAGAAGAAGAAGAUGCAGCAGAACAUUCUGGACCUGGAGGAGCAGCUAGAAGAGGAGGAGAGUGCCAGGCAGCGCCUCCUGCUGGAGAAAGUCUCCCUGGAGACCAAAGUGAAGAGUGUGGAGAACGACCUCCUGACCACGGUGGAGCAGAGGGAUCGCCUCGGCAAGGAGAAGAAGCAGCUGGAGGAGCGUCUGAGCGAGGUGACGGACCACCUGACCGAGGAGGAGGAGAAGAGCAAGAGUCUGAACAAGCUGAAGAACAAACAGGAGGCCGUCAUCGCCGACCUGGAAGACCGGCUGAAGCGCGAGGAGCAGGGCCGCCUGGAGCAGGACAAGUGGAAGCGGAAGAUGGAGGCGGAGGCGAUGGAGGCGCAGGAGCAGCUGUCGGACCUGGGCAUGAUGUCGGGCGAGCUGAAGGGCAGCCUGAGCCACAAGGACAAGGAGAUCAGCACCCUGCAGGGCCGGUUGGAGGAGGAGGGCACGUGCCGGGCGGAGUCCCAGCGGGCGCUGCGGGAGGCCAUGUCCCAGGUGUCGGAGCUGAAGGAGGAGGUGGAGAACGAGCGCGGCAUGAGGGAGCGGGCGGAGAAACUGCGGCGGGACCUGGGGGAGGAGCUGGAGGCGCUGAGGACGGAGCUGGAGGACACGCUGGACACCACGGCGGCCCAGCAGGAGCUCAGGUCACGUCGGGAGGCGGAGUUGGGCGAACUCCAGCGUUGCAUCGAAGACGAGACGCGCCGCCACGAGUCGCAGCUGUCGGAGCUGCGGGUCAAACACAGCUCGGCCGUGGACAACCUGCAGGAAGAGCUGGACAACAGCAAGAGGGCGCGUCAGUCCCUGGAGAAGGCGAAGGCGGCGCUGGAGGAGGAGCGUCAGAGUCUGACGGCGGAGCUGAAGAGCCUCCAGGCCAGCCGCACGGAGAGCGAGCGCGGCCGCAAGAGGGCGGAGGGUCAGCUGCAGGAGGUGACGGCCCGCCUGGGUCAGGCCGAUCGCGAGAAGGAGGAGCGAGAGGAGCGAGUCCACAAGCUGCAGAGUGAAUGUGAGAAUCUCUCCAGCAACCUGUCCUCCUUUGACAGCAAGUCCCUCCGUCUGUCCAAAGAAGUCAGCAACCUGGAGAGCCAGCUGCACGACACGCAGGAACUACUGCAGGAGGAGAACCGUCAGAAGGUGUCUCUGGCAUCAAGGGUGCGAGCGCUUGAGGAGGAGAGGAACCUGGUGGCGGAGAGACUGGAGGAGGAGGAAGAGAAAGGCAGAGAGUGGACUCGUCAGAUCCAGACUCUCAGUCAGCAGCUGAGCGAGACGCGCAAGCAGUCGGAGGAGACCAACACGGCGAUGGAGUCGGGCGAGGAGGCCCGCAGGAAGCUGCAGCGAGAGCUGGACGGCGCCGUCCAGCGGGAGCGCCAGCGGGAGGAGGAGAAGGAGCGCGUGGAGAGGCAGCGGGAGCGUCUCAGGGAGGAGAUCGAGGACAUGACUCUGGCCUUGCAGCGGGAGAGGCAGAACUGCAUGGCUCUGGAGAAGAGGCAGAAGAAGUUCGACCAGUGUCUGGCCGAGGAGAAGGCGGUGAGCACUCGCGUGGCCGAGGAGAAGGACCGAGCCGAAGCGGACAGCCGAGAGAAGGAGACGCGAUGUCUGUCCCUGACCCGGGCGCUGCAGGAGGCCCAGGACCAGAGGGAGGAGCUGGAGAGGUCCAACAAGCAGCUCCGCACGGAAAUGGAACAGUUGGUCAACCAGCAGGACGACGUGGGCAAGAGCGUCCACGAGCUAGAGCGCACCCGUCGCUCGCUGGAGACGGAGGCGGAGAGCCUCCGCGCUCAGACGCAGGACCUGGAGGAGGAGUUGACGGAGGCGGAGAACUCCAGGCUGAGGCUGGAGGUCACCCUGCAGGCCCUGAAAGCUCAGUUUGAGCGGGAGCUCGGCAGCAGCGAGGAGAAGGGCGAAGAGAAGCGGAGGGCCCUCAGCAAGCAGGUGAGGGAGCUGGAGAUCCAGCUUGAGGAGGAGCGCAGUCAGCGCUCCCAGGCGGUCAUGUCCAAGAAGCAGCUGGAAGCCGAGCUGCAGGACUCCGAGGCGCAGAUGGAAACGUCCAGCCGCAGCAAGGAGGAGGCUGUCAAGCAUCUCCGGAAGCUGCAGGGUCAGCUGAAGGAGCUGCUUCGAGAGCUGGAUGAGACCAAGAUGACUCGGGACGAGGUGAUCGCACAGUCCAAAGACAACGACAAGAAGAUCCAAACCCUGGAGGCCGAAGUCCGGCAGCUCACUGAGGAGCUGUCUGUGUUCGACCGCCAGAGGAGACAGGCUCAGAAGGAGAUGGCGGAAAUGGCCGAGCAGAUUUUCAACAACAGUUCUGGAAAGGCGCAUUCUGACGAGAAGCGUCGGCUGGAGGCCAGAGUCAGCCAGCUGGAGGACGAGCUGGAGGAGGAGCAGACCAACUCUGAGAUCCUGAGAGAGCGGCACAGGAAGAUGACGUCGCAGGUGGAAACGAUGAACGUGCAGCUGCAGGGCGAGAGGACGCUGGCCCAGAAGGCGGAGGCGGCGCGGGAGCAGCUGGAGAGGCAGAACAAGGACAUGAAGACCCGGCUGGAGGAGCUUGAAGGCACCGUGAGGGGCAAACACCGACUCAGUGUCGCCGCCCUGGAGGCCAAGAUAGAAUCCAUGGACGAGCAGCUGGAGCAGGAAAGACAGGAGCGUGCCAUCGCCAACAAGCUGGUGAGGAAGACGGAGAAGAAGCUGAAGGAGGUGCUGAUGCAGGCGGAGGACGAGAGGAGACACGCAGACCAGUACAAAGACCAGCUGGACAAGUCCAUGGUGCGCCUGAGGCAGCUGAAGCGGCAGCUGGAGGAGGUGGAGGAGGAGAACUCGCGCUCCAACGCUCAGAAGAGGAAGCUGCAGAGAGAACUGGAGGAGCUGACGGAGAACAGCCAGAGCAGGAUGCGCGAGAUCAGCAGCCUGCGGAACCAGCUCAGCGUCCCUGAAUGGAGGCCAGAGCAACGAGCAGUGUUGCCCGUGACGAUGCGAGGGCGGCGGGCGCUGCUGGACGAUUACUCCCUGGACAACUCUGACUCUGAGGAGCCCCCCGCCUCCCCCACGCCCCCCCCAGGGAUGCCCAGGACCCCGCCUCCACCCGCAGACCUCAGCUUGGAAACCACAGCGGCUUACAGCGUCAACAACACACACCAAUGAUGCGCACACACACGUUUGUAUGAGGGGGCCAAUGAUGUACACACACACACACACACACACAUGUUUAUACUGUAUGAGGGGGCCAAUGAUGUACACACACACACACACUCAUGUUUAUGUGGGGGGGGGGGGGGCACUUUGAUAACAUUUUGUACAUGAACAAUAUGAAUUUAUGCUAAGCUAACAAGCAGUGUUUCCCACAGAACUGCAAUCUAUUUGUGGCGGCGUCUCAUUUGCAUAAAUUGCCUUUGUUAAAGAGCGCGCUUUCAGGCUCCGCCCCCAAAAGUCCGUCAGGUGCAGAAAAAAAGUUGCUUUUUUUUUUCCCCCCAAAAAGAGAAGCUUUUAUGCUAGCAUUUUUGGCUAAUUUGAGACACUUCAACCCAAAGUUCAUGGUUUCCUUUGGCAGUGUGCUAGCGGUUUCUCUGUUAGCAUGCUAAUCUAACAUUCGCAUGCUAGCGUUUCAUGCUAGCGAUGUUUGUAUCACAGCACAAGAUACUGCAGUACAGUAACAGAUACUACACUACAGUACCUAGAUAUUGCACUACAGUACCAAUAUAUUGCAGUACAGUAACAGAUACUACACUACAGUACCUAGAUAUUGCACUACAGUACCAAGAUAUUGCACUGCAGUACCAAUAUAUUGCAGUACAGUAACAGAUACUACACUACACUACCUAGAUAUUGCACUACAGUACCAAGAUAUUGCAGUACAGUACCAAUAUAUUGCAGUACAGUAACAGAUACUACACUACAGUACCAAGAUAUUGCACUACAGUACCAAGAUAUUGCAGUACAGUACCAAGAUAUUGCACUACAGUACCAAUAUAUUGCAGUACAGUAACAGAUACUACACUACAGUACCUAGAUAUUGCAUUACAGUACCAAGAUAUUGCACUACAGUACCAAGAUAUUGCAGUACAGUACCAAGAUAUUGCACUACAGUACCAAUAUAUUGCAGUACAGUAACAGAUACUACACUACAGUACCUAGAUAUUGCACUACAGUACCAAGAUAUUGCAGUACAGUACCAAGAUAUUGCACUACAGUACCAAUAUAUUGCAGUACAGUAACAGAUACUACACUACAGUACCUAGAUAUUGCAUUACAGUACCAAGAUAUUGCACUACAGUACCAAGAUAUUGCAGUACAGUACCAAGAUAUUGCACUACAGUACCAAUAUAUUGCAGUACAGUACCAAGAUAUUGCACUACAGUACCAAUAUAUUGCAGUACAGUAACAUAUACUACACUACAGCACCUAGAUAUUGCACUACAGUACCAAGAUAUUGCAGUACAGUACCAUCAUAUUGCAGUACAGUAACAGAUACUACACUACAGUACCUGGAUAUUGCAGUACUGUAACAGAUAGUACCCUACAGUAACAGAUACUCCACUGCAGUACCAAUAUAUUGCACUACAGUACGAAGAUAUUGCAGUACAGUAACAUACUACACUACAGUACUAAUAUAUUGCACUACAGUACGAAGAUAUUGCAGUACAGUAACAUACUACACUACAGAACCAAUAUAUUGCACUACAGUACCAAGAUAUUGUAGUACAGUAACAGAUACUACAGUACCUAGAUAUUGCACUACAGUAACAUACUGCACUGCAGUACCAAGAUAUUGCAGUACAGUACCAAUAUAUUGCACUACAGUACCAAGAUAUUGCAGUACAGUAACAUACUACACUACAGAACCAAUAUAUUGCACUACAGUACCAAGAUAUUGUAGUACAGUAACAGAUACUACAGUACCUAGAUAUUGCACUACAGUAACAUACUGCACUGCAGUACCACGAUAUUGCAGUACAGUACCAAUAUAUUGCACUACAGUACCAAGAUAUUGCAGUACAGUAACAGAUACUAAAAUUUAUUGAGCAGUGGUUUCUUUGUUAGCAUGCUAAUCCAACAUUUGCAUGCUAGCGUUUCAUGCUAGCAAUUUUUUGUACUCAAUCAUGUUGACAUGCUAACAUUAACAUGCUAACAUUUUAUGUUAGCAAAGGAGCAUAUUUUAUUUUGCACAGUUUUUGGUUUUUGUUGUGCGUCCAUGAUUAUCUUAAAUGCUAGUAUAAAAUUUUCGCAUGUUAUAUUAUUAUUAGCAUGCUAGUGUUUUAUGCCAGCCAUUUGAGUACUUUUGAAGGCAGUCAUGAUUGUGCUACACGACGCCAUCUUCAAAGUAUGCAAGCUGAUGUCAUGCUAACAUUAAUUUGCUAACGUUCUAUGUUAGCAAUUCCGCUCAUUUUAUCCGUGCGAUUUUUGUUUUACUCGGUGCCAUCUUAAAAGUAUGCUGGCUGUUAGCAUGCUAAUCGUGUAUGCUAGCAUUUCAACAUUACGAUGCUAACAUUUUCUGCUAGUAAUUUAGCAUUUUGCUCACUUUAAUUUUUACGUGAAUAAUUAUCGAUUUAACGAUUCAUGCUAGCAUUUUAGCUAACUUUGUACUUUUAACCUAAUCACAGACUUGGUUACGUAGUGCCAGCUUACAAAUGCGUUAGCUCUUCUCGUGUUGACAUGCUAACAUUCAGAUGCCAGCAAAACAGUUUUUAUUUUAUACAUGAUUUGCUUAAAUGCUAGUAUAAAAUGUUAGCAUGCUAACAUUUGCGUAUUAACAUUAGCAUGUCUAGCUUAUUAGCUAAUUUUGUACAUUUUAGCCUAAUAAUCAUGGAUUUCUUUGAAAGUAUGCUAGCUGUUGACAUGCUAACAUUAACAUCUUAGCAUUUUAUGCUAGCAAUCUUGCAGUUUUUUUAUGUUAUACGUACAUAAUUCUUACAUUUGCAUAUUAACAUUAGCACACCAUUGACUUAUCUUAGCAUUUAGCUAAUGUACUUUUUAACCUUAUAAUCAUGGAUUUGUUUUGAUGCCGUCUUUAAAAAGUAUGCUAGCUGUUGACAUGCUAACAUUAUCAUGUUAUCAUUGUAUGCUAGCAAUUUUUUAAAUUUAAUACGCACAUAAUUAUCUUAAACGAUAGUUUAAAAUGUUGGCUAACAGAAUGUUUUUUUUAAUAUGCACAUAAUUAUCUUAAACGCUAGUAUAAAAUGUUAGCAUGCUAAGAUUGGAACACUUGGCGCCGUGUCACCAAAUGAAGUCGAACCAGGUGUGUUCAGAAGCAGCGUUACCUUGUGAGGACACACAGUCCCAUCAUGAUGUGUCAAUGGCCGCCACAAAGAAGUGAAAGUGUGGGAAACGCUGCAAUAAAAGUAAAGGAAAGAAGCAGCACCCCCCCCCUCCCCGCCCCCAUGAACGCCGCCUUGACGCCAACCUGAAAGAAAAGAAUUGCUUGGAAAAAAAAGGAGAAUUCUUGCUGUUUGAUGACUACUUGUGACAAAAGUGUGUUUACAUAAAAAAACAAACAAAAAAAAACACUGAAAUAAAAAUCUGCACUUUUUUUUCUGAGGCACACAAGGAACCUUCUGGAAAAGCAAUAUUUAUUAUGGAAAUAAAUCCCUCAAUAUUCAGUCUUAAUUUGAUUGUG